AUGAAGCUCGACCCGUCGCACUUCAGCCACCUGAGCAACACGGAGUUCCGUGUUCUCACGGCGAUCGAGCUCGGUAUGCGCAACCACGAGUACAUCCCGCUGAAGCUCAUCACCGCCACCGCCAAUCUGCGCUCCUGCGGAAUGUCUAACGUACUAGCUACACUGGCGAAAGCUAAGCUCAUAGUGCACUGCAAUGAGAGCUACGACGGUUAUAAGCUGACCUUCCUCGGGUUGGAUUACCUGGCGCUUCGCGCCCUGCUUAAGCGCGGCGUCAUCAGUGCAGUUGGCAGGCGCAUCGGCGUCGGCAAGGAGGCCGACGUCCACCUCUGCACAGACGCCGAAGGCAACCUGCUAGUGCUGAAGCUACACCGCUUGGGCCGCGUCUCCUUCCGCGCCGUCAAGCACAAGCGGGACUACAUGGGCAAAAGGAAGCACGCCAGCUGGAUGUACAUGUCGCAGCUGGCUGCCAAGAAGGAGUAUUCCUAUCUGUCUGCGUUAUGGGAGGAAAAAUUCCCCGUGCCGCAACCCCUAGACAUAAAUCGUCAUGUUAUCGCAAUGAAGUUUGUAGACGGCGUGCCGCUUUCACAGGUUCGCGAAAUAGAGGAGCCGAAACGUGUUCUCCAUAUGCUAAUGAAGCUCAUCGUGAAGUUGGCGCGUGUGGGUAUCAUACACGGUGACUUCAAUGGGUUCAACCUAAUGAUCAGCGAGGACGGAAAGCAGGUCACCGUCAUCGACUUUCCGCAGGUGGUGUCGGUGACGCACGAAGACGCUGAGUUUUACUUCGACCGUGACGUAGAGUGUGUUCGCGAGAUGUUCCGCAAGAAGUUCAAGAUGGACGUUUUCGAAUACCCGAGAUUCGCUGAUGUGGUCCCCAAGACUGACGACCCGAACUCCGGCGAACGCUUGAAGCUCAAGGUUGUGAUCGACAAGGUCGAGGACGGCAUUCUGAGCGAGAUUUUGCAACACCUCCGCCAGGAGGAGAUCGUAAAGCAGCCUGAGGCAGACAUGCAGCAAGUAUCCUCGCAGAUGGAACAGCUGUCAUUGAAAAAGGAUGCCGCUGCCGAAGAGGGCGGCGCUGAUGAGGCUGAAGCGGCUGAGGAUGACGACAGCGAUUAUUACUCGUCUGAUAAUGACAACACCGCUGAAGCCAAGCCCUCAAGCGAGAGUUCUCGUGGCGGUAACACGGGCAAUGCAGAGAAACAGGGUUACGACACCGACGAUGAAGAUGAUGACUACAACGAGCCUGACGCCGAGAGCUCCGCCAAUGCCGCGCUGACUGACGAGUCGCCCUCUGAAGAGUCCAGUGACGGUAGCGAUGUUGACGACGAAGAAGCCGAUGAAGAAGACAGUGAUGACAGCGGGUACGACACUGACGACGAGCGCGACCCCGGCCAGGUCGAAGGCGAACGAACGGACAAGUCCAAGCCCAUCCAGAUCUGGAAGCCGCACGUCAAGCGCAUAAACGCAAACGCCUACGGCCACCGAAUCCACACACGAGCGCGCAACAAGGCCAAGGCCGAAACCAAGAAGGGACACAAACAACGCAAGCAGCUGACCGAGGCCAACCUCGCCGUGAAGGGCGGCGGCGGCGCCUGGUAA